AUGGCGGCUGUCGUUCCAGGCGCUCUUUCGGCCGCUGUCGAGGCGCCCAGCUUUGACAAGCUGCCCAAAGUUGACGUCAAGCCCGUGGCGGAAGAUCCAUUACUUACAGGUCGACCAAAGUUUGAGCUCAUCCCGCAAGUCUCUAUCAAAGCUAUUCCAGAGGAAACUAAGUCCGAGUCCUCCGAUGAGGCUGUCACCUCAUUGAUUUGCUCUCACGCCCCUGUCCGCUCUACCUAUCACAGACAAGCUGUCACCUUCCGCUCGGAGAUCCAAGUGCACCUCAGAUCGGUACAAAAGACCAGCGAUGAUAUGCUUUUCAGGAUUCGGGAGAUCGUCGAAAGCCUUGACAAAGCCACUCAUGAGAAGCUCCUUCACAAAGAGCAGUACGACAGCUUGUGCCAGAGAUACAAGGAUAUCACGGCGCGCCUCGAGACCUCCACCCAAGAAUGCGUUACACUGAGGACCAGAUUAUACGAGAUGUCCAAAGCCCGCGACCGUGCCGAGAUCGAGCUCGAGGCUCUCAGCGGUCAUCUCCUCGAGAAGGAACACGAAUGCAUGGAACUCAAAGAAGAGACCUGCGUCUUAAACAAGCAAAUUGUCUCCCUUGAACAAACAUUGGUGGAGAUCACUCACAGACUUGUUGAGGCUGAGGCUGCUGCAAAGAUCCGCCUCGAAGAGUAUAAUGCCGCCGUCAAAGAGUUGGAGAUCCUGAAAGCCUCUAUGACUGUUCUCUUCAAAGAGAAGGAGCACUUGGCCACGGAGCUGGCCAUUACACGCAUGAAUUUCAAAGAAGUUUCGUCGAAGCUUGAAGCGAUCAAACAGAAAUUUAUUAGCAUCGAACACAGGUGUGGCACUCUGGAAACGGAGCUCAAGUCCGUCAGGGAAGAGCUCGUCAAGGCCAAAGAAGCAAGGGACAAGGCACUUGCGGAGCGCAAAGAGGCGAUUCACGAACGUGAUGUGGCUAUGCAGCGUAUGGACGAAGCAAUUGAGGACCGAAACGGUGCUAUUCGAGCGCGUGACAGCGCCAUAUUCGACUACCAGAGUGCGAAGACCGAUCUUGUUCGAGACCAAGCCUUGCUCAAGGACUGCCAGUUGAAUUUGGAGUCGCUGCAAUCUCGGUUCGAAAUUGUCAUCAAAGAGCGUGAUUAUGCCAUACUUAACCAAACCAGUCUGGAGCAUUAUCGAGAUGAGCUCGUGGAGCAAUUCAAGGAGGCUGACGCCCGCGCCCAUCACUUCAAGUUCGAGUUCGAGAAGGCAGUCGGGGAAAGGCAACAUGCCGAAGCCGACCUUCGAAAUGCCUCGAAGAAGAUGGAGGAACUCCAACACGACAAGGAUGUCCUCGUCAUCGAGCGGGAGCAGCUCUACCUUCAGCUGAAGGCAUCCGAGGCACGACGGAACGAAGCAAUUGCCAAGGAAUCCAAGGCAUUUGAAGAGCUCCUCGCCGCCACACAAGAAUGCGCACGGAUGACGAAGAAGUACGAGGAUAUGGAGGACCAGUUCCAGAAGGCCGACAAGGAGCGGGCCAUCCUCGAGGAGAAACUCAAGACCAUCGAGGCCGAGCUCAAAGCCGCCACAGUGAAAGAGGCCCUUAUGGCUGACCAGCUGGAGCACGCCCAAGCAGCUGAGAUCAAAGCCCUGCGGGAGCGAAACGAGAUGGCAGAGAGUCUUUCGGUUUCCAAAGAUCUCAACAAGACCCUCAAGCAGCAAAAGGACGAGGUGGAGAAGAAGCUCGAAACCAAGAUCCAGGAGCUAGACGGCAAGUUGGCCCAAAGUGGAGCCGAAAACACGACCCUCAAAGCCAAGGUCGAUAGCCUGGGAAAAGCUUGGAGCCAGGCUGAGGCCGAGAGAGACCACAAGAUCAAAGAGCUCGAAGCCACGAAGCAUCAGUCUGCCGACGAGAAGACGAAACUUGACAAGGAGAUUGUGGACCUCAAAAAUGGUGUGGCCGAAGCCCAGAAGAAGGAGCGAGAGACCGAUAGGCUUCUACAUGAGAAGGCUGGCGAGCUUGAGAGAGAAAAAGGGAAACUGAAGAGACUUGACGGCAAAGGCGAAGUGCGAGGGAACAUCUGGGUCAAGCACAUCAAUUACGGCACGAUGCGCCUGGAGGACGGCCACAAGGCGUACAAGAUGGCCCUUGACCGCUUCUACAGUGCAAAGGCUCCCCCAGUCAGGGCAACCAAUGACUUCGUCGACAAAGACCCCGACUACGGCGUUCAGAAGUCUCUGAUUGUACGCUGGGCCCAGAAGAACAAGGACGGCAAGUGGGAGGACAAACCCGCUCUCUUUGCAUUCGAGCGAGGCUCACACGGUGAUGAAAUUCACUUUCCCCUCGUUGGAAAGGCCUAA